AUGAAUCUAAUUAUGUAUGUCGACAAGAAGGAGGGAAAUCAAUUACUCAUGGAUAGAGCUUUGUAUAUAAACAACAGAGUGUAUGUGAGGCUAAGACCAGUGGUUGAAAAAGGUAGCAUUGAUCCCAGAUACUACAAAAUUAAAAUUAAUUUGGACUACAGAUUAUCGGCAGAACUGGCGAUCAUAGAACUAGGAAAGAAAUGAAGGAUAUGGGAAGCGGAAAUUGAGGCAGAUUUUGGAGUAGGAAAUGGAACAAUUAUAGCCUAUGUAAGGAUCCCCCUCCUCAUUUGUUCAAUUUUUUUGUCUUUUUUUUAUAAGAUAAAAAAAAUUUUCAGGACCAUUUGUCCCAAAAUCUAGUCAAAAAUGAAUUUGUCCCAUUUUCUAGUCUUUUUUGGAUUUUUUCGAAUGUCCUAAAUUUUAGUUUUUUACUUUAAAAAAACUAGAAAAUGAGACAAUUGAGGUCCUGAAAUUUUUUUUUCUAUCAAAAUAUCGAAUAGAAAAUUGGACAAAUGAGGUCCUAAAAAAUUUUUUUUCCUAUAAAAAAAACUAGAAAAAUGGACAAAUGAGGGAGAGAUCCUUAUGAUUUGAUUCAAUGGAGCAAAUAUAUGCUCUCUGGGAAGUACCCUAG